AUGGGUUCAACUUGUCCCUUGCCUACCAGCUGGAUAGUGCAGCAGGAGAAUGACCUUCCUGGGGAAGUGUACAAGGAUGAGGGAGGGGAGACAUGGGAAACCCUCCAAGAAAGAGAAAGCAGACUGAAAAAGGCCACCUUGGAAGAACUGAGACAAGAACUAGAAGCUCUGGGUGUAAAAGUAGGUGUGGACAAGGGCCGCAAGAAAUGCAUGAGUGAGAAGAAGUUGAGAAGACAGUAUAGAAAACUUCUCAUGAGAGAACUGAGGAUCAAUGAUCUGGAAAAAUCUGGAAAGGCCUUGCAGGUGAAGAAGAAAACGGUGAUGGAGAAGGAGAAAGAGGAGCGGACUGAUAUGGUGGUUGAGGCAGAGGUGGAAGGCUCUGGCCAGGAUGGGCCACAAGAGACGAAAGCAGAAAUGGAUGGAGAGAGAGAGGAGAAACUGGAUGUUGACGAAAGGGAUGAGGAAGAAGAAAAAGGAACCUCUGAACUCAUAGAGGAGGGGAAGGAGAAGGAACAGAAUGAGAAGAGAGAGUGA